CUUCAACAUCAAUUAAUCAAAAUGUCUGACGGUCCAGCCAUCGGCAUCGAUCUCGGCACAACCUACUCUUGUGUCGGCGUGUGGAAAAAUGACACAGUCGAAAUUAUUGCGAACGACCAGGGAAAUAGAACGACUCCAAGUUACGUCGCGUUCACGGACACCGAGCGUUUAAUCGGCGACGCCGCAAAAAAUCAGGUCGCAAGAAACCCUGAGAACACUGUCUUUGAUGCGAAACGGCUGAUCGGCCGAAAGUUCAAUGAAGCCGCCGUGCAAUCAGACAUGAAGCACUGGCCCUUCAAAGUGAGAUCGGGCGAAGGCGACAAGCCUUUGAUCGAAGUUUCCGUUAACGGCGAGACGAAAUCCUUCCAUCCUGAGGAAAUCUCCGCCAUGGUCCUGCAGAAGAUGCGCGAAAUUGCAGAGUCGUAUUUGGGAAAGUCCGUUAAGAACGCAGUUAUCACGGUUCCUGCAUAUUUCAACGAUUCUCAACGUCAAGCGACAAAGGACGCCGGAACCAUCGCUGGCAUGAACGUGAUGCGCAUUAUCAACGAACCUACUGCCGCCGCCAUUGCUUACGGCCUUGACAAGAAAACUGAAGGCGAAAAGAAUGUUCUCAUUUUCGAUCUUGGAGGAGGUACAUUCGAUGUCUCUCUCUUGAACAUUGAAGAUGGAAUCUUCGAAGUCAAGGCAACAGCAGGUGACACGCAUUUGGGAGGUGAAGAUUUCGACAACAGACUUGUCGAUUUCUGCGUCCAAGACUUCAAGCGCAAAAAUCGUGGCAAAGACAUCGCCGGAAACCAUCGGGCACUCCGUCGUCUUCGUACUCAAUGCGAACGUGCCAAGCGAACAUUGUCCUCGUCAACACAAGCAACCAUUGAAAUCGACUCCCUGUACGAAGGAAUUGACUACAGUGCCACUCUUUCACGUGCCCGCUUUGAGGAGCUUUGCAUGGACUACUUCCGUGGUUGCAUCAGUCCCGUAGAAAGUGUUCUUCGUGAUGGUAAAGUCGAUAAGCGCUCAGUUCAUGAAGUCGUUCUUGUUGGUGGAUCCACUCGAAUUCCAAGAAUCCAACAACUCAUCACUGAGUUCUUCAACGGCAAGGAGCCCUGCAAGUCAAUCAAUCCAGACGAGGCUGUUGCCUACGGUGCUGCCGUCCAGGCUGCAAUUCUUUCUGGAGAAACCUCAUCCGCUGUUCAAGAUCUCCUGUUGUUGGACGUCGCUCCACUUUCUCUUGGACUCGAAACAGCUGGUGGUGUGAUGACUGUCCUCAUCCCCCGUAACCAAACCAUUCCAACCAAGAAGUCCCAAACAUUCACAACAUACUCCGAUAACCAAACAUCUGUGCUUAUUCAAGUCUUCGAGGGGCGAGCGUCAAUUCACAAGGACAACAACCUGCUCGGGAAGUUUAACCUGAAUGGAAUCCCUCCUGCUCCUCGUAACGUGCCACAAAUCGAUGUCACUUUCGAUAUUGAUGCCAACGGUAUCCUGAAUGUCAACGCUGUAGAGAAAAAGACAGGACAAUCGAGCAAGAUCACAAUCACCAACGAGAAAGGCAGAUUGUCGCAAAAUGAAAUCGAUCGUAUGGUUGCUGAAGCAGAGAAAUACAAAGCUGAAGACGAAGCACAGAAGGAACGUAUCGACUCGAAGAACGCCCUCGAGAACUAUUGCUUCUCAAUGAGAUCGACCCUCGAUGAGGAGAAAAUGAAAACCGUCAUAGAUGCAGGUGACAGGGAGAAGGCUGAAGUAGCUAUCAAGGAAUCCCUUGAUUGGUUGGAACGUAACCAGUUGGCCGAGAAGCCAGAAUUUGAUGCUAAAAUGAAGGAGUUGGAGGCUGUCUGCAACCCGAUCAUGAUGAAGGCGUAUCAGGCCGCAGGUGCUGAUGGUAUGCUGGCGCUGAAGGAAUGGGGUGGUGGCGCUCAUGCGCAACCAACCAACGGUCCAAACUCGAGUAUUUCAGAACGGGUUGAGGUUCAUCAUCUUCUGAGCACACACUAUCCGAGUCCCGGAGCUUGCGAUCCUGUCCGCAAACAACAGAAGCGUCAAGACGACAAUGAAAAGGAAGUGGAAAUGGAACACGUACCCGAUCACGCGCUUCGUCCUUUGCAAGAAUCUCAGCAUUUGCCUUCAAUCGCUCCCUAUGAGCCACCAAGUAGCAGGCGGAAGCAAGGGCGUGGAUUGGACCCCAAAUCUCUUGGUCCAUCACCAGAGUCUCAAUGCGCAACUGCAUACUCGGCUUCAGAUCUCGAACCGCAAUUUCAAGCUGCACGAUAG